AUGCGCUGGGCGCUGGGCGGCUGGCGGGCGCGGCGGCCCCUGCGCCUGCCCGGCCCCCGGCGGGGGCUGGCGCGGCGGCGGGGCCCGGCGGGCGCGGAGGCGGCGGGCGCGGCCGAGGCGGACGGCGGGGGCCCGGUGCCCUUCUCGGCCAGCAAGGCCAGCCCGCGGGUGUGGAGCGUCAGCCGGUCUAUGGGGAGCGACCAUGAGAGGCCCUGGGGGAAGGUGCUGCCCCUCAGCCUGCUGUGCGCGGGGCUGCUGCUCUGGUGUGUGUUUAGGGACAAAACGGAGAUCGAUGAGCGCCUGGAAGCUGUUUUCUCCGAUCGGAUCGUGGACCCUGUAGAUGUGACCCCAAAAAGCAGCGCCGCCUUGCAACCGCAGAAGGAGAAAUGA